AUGGCCAGGAAGAUGCAGAGCGGGCUCCUGCUGGGGCUGCUGCUCUGCACGGCGAUGCACCCUGGGCUCCUCGGGACAGCCGCCGUCCGCAGCCUGCACCUCUGCGAGGGCUACGUGGGCCCCGACGGGCGCUACCACCCCGGCUUCUACUGCCCGCGCCUCGGCGACCCGGGCAGCCACCGCUACUGCUGCCGGCCUGGCCCGCAUGCCCUCAAGUCCUGCUGCGCCCGCCCAGCCCGGGAGGCCCUGGCCCGGGAGAACCGCUCCAGCGUGCCAGCGCCCGGGCUGCUCAGGAACCCGCUGGCGCUGCCCGUCGUGGGGCUCUACGGCGUCCUCGUCUUGCUGCUCAUGGCCGUCGACCUCCUGCACUUCCACCACCGCCAGCGCUGCCACCUCAGCCGCCUCCUGCCCCGCGGCCGCCUCACGCCCCCCGCCCGGAGCCCCGGGAGCCCCCGGAGCCCCGCGCCGAGGGCUGAGCGCCCCCCCGCCCGGAGCCCCCGGACCCCCGCGCCGAGGCCCGCCCGGAGCCCCCGGAGCCCCGCGCCGAGGGCUGAGCGCCCCCCGCCCGGACGCCGAGGGCUGAGCGCCCCCCGCCCGGAGCCCCCGGACCCCCGCGCCGAGGGCUGA